AUGAGCAGCCAUCAACUGAAUGCCCACGUUGCCAAGAAGGUAGAGGAGUACCGAAGUAUCAUCCAAGGCACGGACAUCUACGAGCAUUGCGGGAACCGAGUGGUAGAAUCCCGAACAACCAACGGGAAGCUUGUCGCCGUGAAAAUCAAGCCGAGGGAAUGGUUCCGACGAUCUGAAGCCGCAAUGAUGCAAUACGCGUCCGAUAACGGGAUUCUUGCGCCACGGGUGUUGGGCUGCUAUAAUGUGAAACCAAACAUGACCGUAACCGUAACGGACCGGGUCCCCGGCGAGUCGCUCGACAAAGUAUGGCACACGCUGACCAAGCCCCAAAAAAGAAUCGAUUCAAUCUCAGCUUCAUCAACAGAGUUCCGGAAGCACACGCAGCCGUAUAUAGGUCGAGUGGGGAAUAAGACAACGUAUAACUUCUUCGACCGGCUACAUAAUAAUGACAUGGGACCCUUUGCCUCAGAAGAGGAGUUCGAUGAGUGGUGUUUUGCCCGUGUGAAGUUCCCUCUUCAACAAGCGUUCUGGAAACGAUACUUGCCGAAGAUGAGGAAUAAGAAACCUUCCAAGUUUGUUUUGACGCACGGUGAUCUGGCAGCGCGGAAUAUCAUGGUUCGGGAUGGUCGGAUCACUGGCAUCGUGGACUGGGAAUAUAGUGGAUUCUUCCCGGAAUAUAUGGAGUAUGCGCUAGCCACGGUUAUCCAUGAUAACAUCGAAGAAUGGUGGCUUCCCGUGUUGAAGAAGAUUCUGGAGCCGUCGGGGUAUUUACGGUCUAAAUUCAUCGCAACGAUCAAAGACCGGGGGUGGUAG